AUGGAACCCACUUUUCCGCUAUUUCGACUACCCGAGAAUGCUAUCGUCCACGUGCUUCAAAACAUGGAUCUUAAUCAACUAUUGAUCAUCUCCCUUGUCUCAAUGAAAACUAAGAACCUAGUGUCAUCAUUAGGAUUAGAACCAUCUCAUGUUGACAUCUGCAUUGAAAGCGGUAUAAGUUUAUCUAUGUUCAUUGGAAAACCCCAUUUGGCUGUGGAUUUCUAUAAUGAUUCGAAUGAUCAGAAUGAGUUGUUACCCGUAGAUAUAACUCUCCCAGUAGCUGCCUAUGUUGGAUAUAAAGGACCACCAAUUCAAUCAUCCACUCCAUUCAACUUCAGCAAGUGGUUAUAUCACAUCAAGACCAUAUUCUGUUGCACUCAGCCACCGAAUUUUCAAUUUGCUGAAGGCUGGGAAAAAUUUGGAAUUGAGUCGUUGAAAGAAGCAAUUGGAAGUGUCAAUACGCUUGCUCCGAAUCAUCUACUGACUAACGAUUCGAGCAGGAGAGUUUUGAAACACUUCAAUUCCCCAAGCGGAUUCUUUAUGGUCAAGAAUCCAUUCGAAGAAGCUUGUCAGAUUCAACAAAUAUUCAUUCAAAACUGCGAAAUUAUUGAAUUUGGUGAUGUACACUCAUUGGAUGACAUGUUACUGAUUAAUAUUCAAAACGUCUACUUCUACCAUCCAAUAUCUCAAAAAGAAUUCAAUCAAUUCCUUAAACACUGGAUCCGUGGAUCUAAUCCAAGACUGCAACAUAUGACUCUAUCAAUCGAUAAAACUGGCUCUGUCGACGGAGAAGCUCAUUUUAAAGGAAUCAAAUGCAUGAAAGUGAGUAAAGAGACAAAGAACAAAAUCGGUCGGAUGCACGGUCUGUCAACGCAUGACGAUUUGAUCCAGAUCAGACGGAAUGAUGGCACAACUGCAUUUAUUGGGACACAAAAAUCAGAAAAUGUUCUCCGUGUCCAUUUCAAUGUGUUGCACUAA